AUGUGGUUAAAAAUUGGCAAGCCACAUAAUCCGGAAAUACUUACAUAUAAAGAUAAUGUUUAUUUACCAUCGAAAAUUAUUCUGGAUAUUCGACGUAUGGGUUCAAUAUCAAAUGGCAAUUUAACCGAUUUUUAUAUUGUUAUUUUAACACUUAUUCGUACUCAUGUCGAUGACGAAGGACGUUAUUUAUGUAUUAAACAAAAACAAGUGUUUGCCGCUUAUGACUUACAAAUAAUCGUUCCUCCACACUUUAUUGAUGAUGGCUAUUCGAAUCAACGAAUCGUUCUUGAUGGUGCGUCAUUAUCUUUAACAUGUAAUGCAAACGGUCGACCAAAGCCAAACGUUACGUGGUAUUAUCAACGUUUUGAUGGGCAAUUUCAGUUUCGUAAGUUUAAUAUACCAUUUGUGGCCUACAGUCAUCCUCCAAAAUUGACAACGAUAAUUCGAACAUUUCGUCGCUUAACAUCGGUCGAUAUUCUUUUGCAAUGUACAAGUGAAGCAAACCCACCAGGCUCAGUUUAUUGGUUCCUUAGUGACAAUCAACCGAUUCUGUCUAAUCAUUAUGUUUAUACAAUCAACAAUGAAAAUAGCUGGCCAAAUAGUUCAUCGAAACUAUCUUUCACCGUUCAUCAAAAUAAUUCCAUUUCUUCGUAUUCUUACUAUUGUCGAUCGAAUAAUUCAUACGGCACUGCUCAAAAACUGAUCAAUAUUUCAGAUUUUAUCAAAUAUAAUCUACCCGACAAUGACUUUCAGUUCUCCUCAACUAUUUUUGAAAUACCAGCAAAAACUAAAUUGUCAUUUAAAAAAAACCGAACAAGAUUAAGGCUACACAAUAAAAUAGAUCGUGAUAAAACUAUUAAAUACACUCGAUCUGAACAACCAGUCAGUUCAUUAGCUUACACCAGUUGGUCACCUGUUUUUACAAAUCAAAUAACAAUUUAUUUAACUGUAUGGAUAUUUUUGUUUAAAAAGUUUUUUGGUAGUAUGUUUUUGAUAACUUGA